UCUUGUGAAUUAUUAUCAAAUGCUUAGUCGAAGUAUACGGACUGGAGACUUUUUGAUGUUUAGAUACAUCUUACCAAAAAUUAAUAAUAUUUUCUUUGUGGUGAAUCAACCAAAUUAUGCUCGAUGGCUACUCAGAUAUCAUGAUAACUUACUAAAACUCAAAGAAACACACCCACAAAUAUAUGAGAAUAUGGAAAGAGGUAAUUUUGGUAUCCAAAGAACGGAUAAGUCUUUUUCUAGGCAGCCUAUUGAUUUGACUUUGGAGCAAACAAUCAACGCAGAUGCUGGACGAAGAUUGACGGGUGUUAUCCAUUUUACGAAUUCUAUUUCGGCUCGUCAACGUUGGUGCAAAAGUCAUGAGAUAAGAUCAACUAUAAUAUCUCAUACCUACGAGAUGACUGGGUUACGAAAACAUCAAGACGUUACUGCAGAUUUAGAGAAAUCCAGCAUCCGAAGAGACUCAAGUCACUUACAACUAUUUAUAAACGCUUUUACAAAAUUCGUAAAUCCGUUUGAAACAAACAUCGACCAACAACAACUGUUCAAUAUUUCCAGUGGGAAGGCGGCUUCACAAGCUGUACAAGAUUAUUUAUUGAAUAUAGAAGCAAAUGGAGCAAAGUUACGCGAGCAAUUUAUAUCAGAAUGCACUAAUUCUUCUGAAAGGUUCGAAAAAGCGAUUCCCAAAGUUAAAAUUAUGAAUUUUUCCACUGAAAUCUCUAAUAAAACUGUGAAGAGUGGCCAUAAAGUACAAGAAAUUAAAAUGCAACGUGAUUUGUUUGGUAGAAUGCUGGGUUUAUCUUUAGACCACAAAAUUGACAUGGAAAAGAUGUUGUGCUAUCCAAUCACUCCUCUUCCGAUGUCCAUGUGCCAUUUAGAUGGAAGUGUACAUAAAACUGACAAAUCGGCGAUUGUUAAAUGUUUAGAAAAACUUUAUGACUGUACUGAAACACCAAAAACCUUAGAUGUAGUUAUCGUCGAUGGUUUUUUCUUACUACAUAUAAUACACGACAUACCUGCAACAUUUGGUGGUAUUUCCCAAAAAAUUUUGCGUAUCUUGACAUCGUUCAAAGCUCCACGUGUAGACAUUAUUUUUGAUGAGUAUUUCUCUCCAUCCAUUAAAGAUUAUGAGCGUGUGCGAAGAAAUGAACAAAGAACUAUUGAAUUUAAUAUAACUGGUCCGAGUCAAACUCGGCCUACUGACUUCAUGAAAGAAUUAAAUAACAUCAAAUUUAAACAGAGUUUCGUUAAGUUCUUAAUCGAGCAUUGGGCUACACCUGAAAUAAUACCUAUCAUUGGUAAUUCCUUAAUCAAGUUGAAUUAUGAUUCGUGUUAUUCUUAUAUUGCAAACAAUGGUUCAAUAGAGAUGACAAUCGAUGAGAAUAUGGCCUGUGACAAUCACGAAGAAGCUGAUACAAAAAUAGUCCACCAUGUGUGUAAGCUGGAGACAUAUGGAAAAACAAACGUUUUGCUUAAAACCUCUGAUACAGACGUUUUAAUAAUCAUGCUUGGCAACAUAGAUCAUCUUCAAAGCGAUGAUCUGGAGAUUUUUAUGGAACUCGGUACCGGAAAUUCAAAAAGGUGUAUUAAUAUUACAAAGCUACACACAAAAUUAGGAUUAUCUUUAUGCAAAAGUUUACCUGGCUUCCACGCAAUUACAGGAUGCGAUUACAAUCCAUCUUUUUUUCAAAAAGGCAAAGUCAGACCAUUCAACAUUUUAAUGAAAAAUAAUACCUACCAAAAAGCUUUGGCGGAUAUCGGAGAUGCUCACAGAACCGGGUUGCGUGAUAAUGUUUUUCAAAUAUUGGAAACAUUUGUUUGCGAAAUUUACGGCUACAAAAACUCAUCAGAUAUAAAUGCUGCGCGCUUUUUAAAGUUUUGUGCAACCUACAGAUCUCAAAAGAAAUGUGAGCCGUUCAAGAAAAAAAUUAAAUCAUGUGAUCCAUCUACUUUGCCGCCAUGCAAAGCUGAAUUAGAACAACAUUUGCUUAGAACUCAAUACAUUACAAGCAUUUGGAGGAACGCAUAUUUGCGAUUUCCUACAUCGCUAACACCAAAUCGAAAUGGUUGGAUUCAGAAUGAAGAUGGACUUAAAUUCCAUUGGUUUGAUGGGGACUGUAUGCCGCAGCUAGUUUUAGAUGCCAUCAUACAUGAACAUACUCAACAAAGUACAGAACGUGUUCUUUUAGAUAAUGUUGAAGAAUCUGAAGAAUAUUCUGCUACGACCACUUCCUCUGAUGACGAGUCUUCAGAAGAAUUACAUUAUUCUGAUGAUGAAUAAGGUCAAACUGAACUGUAUCGAGAGACAACUCGGGCACGUUCACGUCAAGGUCAUCGCAUCACUCCUCGCCCUGCGCCCCGGCCCCGCUGCUCCACAGAGUCCACAGCCGCUGCGUCGAGCGCCUUGAUUCGAAAUACCUAGAUUAUUUAAUUAUUUAUAAUUAACCGUCUUACAUUAAUUGAUGCAUGCUAAAUAUUAAAAAAAAAUUAAAUCUUAAUCCCAGUUAAUAAAUACGAAAGUCAACUAUAUUGUUAAGUAUAAGCGCAUGUAAUGUUAAGAUAAAAAAAAUCGUUUUUUAUUGUGUUCAUAAAACGUGAAGACCUUAAAAUCAAUAUACCUUAAAGAUAGGCUGUCAUAAUAUAAGUUUUGUGGCUAAUUCUUACACCAUACUACAUCCUAUACAGCACUGCAAGUUAA